UAUUGUCAUUUCUCUCAGGCUGCUGGAGAGAAGAAGGUGUUCAGUUAGUAGAGCGGUUGAGCUGAAAUAUACAACAUUUUACCCAGAUAUCCAGCUAAUUACGUCCAUUUGGGCUUUUUACACUUUAGAGAAGUGUAAACGUGAUCAUGGCGUCGAGUGAUUAUUCCCAGACUGCUAGCCAUGGCGGUUAUGGUGGAUAUGGAAGUCAGUCCAGCCAAGGCUACAGCCAGCCUGCUGGGCAGAGCUACAGCCAGCAGGGCUAUGGAGGUUACAGCCAAGGCUCAGAGAGCAGCCCUGCUCCAUACAGCCAAGGAGGAUAUGGCUCCAGCUAUGGCCAGUCCCAGUCAGGUGGAUAUGGAUCCCAGCCCCCGUCCCAGGGCUACAAUCAGUCGAGUCAGUCCUACAGCUCUGGAGGCUACAAUAGCAGCAGCCAGCCCCCACAGGGAGGAAGCUACAAUCAACAGUCCUCCUAUUCGGGCUACAGCCAGCAACAGUCAACCCCACCCCCUGCUUCUAGUUACGGCAGCAGCAGUCAGUCAUCAGGCUAUGGGGGACAGAGUGGUGGUUAUGGUGGCAGCGGAGGCCAGGGUGGAGGAUACGGAGGCAGUGGAGGACAGAGUGGGGGAUAUGGAGGUAGUGGAGGGCAGCAACAUUCCUCUCCGCAUGGAGGGGGUCCUUACAGCCAGCCUCCCAGUUACAGUUCACCUCCACCCCAAAGCUAUGGACAACAGAAUCAGUAUGGACAAGGAGGAGGGUACAAUCAGGAUGCCCCACCCAUGAGUGGAGGUGGGGGGGGUUACGGUGGGCAGGAUGGCCGAGGUGGACGUGGCCGUGGAGGAGGUGGUUUCGGAGGUCGUGGAUCGGGCGGAUUUGACAGAGGGGGUCGUGGAGGACCCCGAGGCAGAGGGGGAAUGGGAAUGGGCGAUCGUGGAGGAUUCAAUAAGUUUGGUGGACCACGGGACCACGGACCCGGUGGGCCCAACAUGCAGGAGCAGGAUAAUUCUGAUAACAACACCAUCUUUGUGCAAGGCCUGGGAGACAACUAUACCGUGGACUCUGUCGCAGAUUUCUUUAAACAGAUUGGCAUUAUCAAGAUGAAUAAGAAGACAGGAUUGCCCAUGAUAAAUCUGUACACUGACAGAGAGACGGGCAAGCUGAAAGGAGAGGCUACUGUUUCCUUUGAUGAUCCUCCUUCUGCUAAAGCUGCCAUUGACUGGUUUGACGGUAAAGAUUUUAAUGGAAACCCCAUUAAGGUGUCCUUUGCUACACGCCGGGCUGACUUUGGCCGUGGAGGUGGAGGCAUGAGAGGUGGCCGUGGGCGAGGAGGGCCAAUGGGAAGAGGUGGAUUUGGUGGUGGUAGGGGUGGUGGUUUCCCUGGUAAUAAUGGCAGCGGCGGAGGCCAGCAAAGAGCUGGAGACUGGAAAUGUUCAAACCCGUCAUGUGGAAAUCUGAACUUCUCAUGGCGUAACGAGUGUAACCAGUGUAAAGCGGCCAAACCCGAGGGUGCUGGAGGAGGAAUGCCGCCGAUGGGAGGAGGUUAUGGUGGAGACCGUGAGCGGGGCAGGGGUGGUUUUGAUCGUGGUGGGUUCCGUGGACGAGGUGGUGACCGAGGGGGCUUCAGAGGAGGUAGAGGCGGAGACCGGGGAGGAUACGGUCCUGGGAAGAUGGACUCACGGGGUGAACACAGGCAGGACCGCAGAGAGAGGCCCUACUGAUUUCCAAAAAGGCAUCUGUAACCUCUGCCCUAUCUACACUCCGUUCUGUCCGGGACCAGCAUAGGCUCCACCACCAUUGAUAAAGUUUUUAUAUACUCUUUCUAGUGUUACAUUUAAGAGCAUCAUUUCCAGAUAUAGAUUAAGUUUAGCCCUGCACUUAAAAAAUGAAGAAUAAAACUAAAAUAGGACUAGGCGUAAUCUUUCCAGGAAACAGCUGUGUAUUGCUCAUUUGUGGAAGGUUUAGUUGUUGAACUCUGUUUCUUCACCUUGUGCUGCUCACUGGUAAACAGUUUUUCCUUUAUAAUGGUUUAUUUGCACCAUUUUUUGUGAAAUGUGUUUUUGUCUGAUUUUUUUUUUCUCUUUGUUUUCGAUUUUGUAUUUUGUAUGGAAUUGUGCUGUUGAAAUAAACAUCCAGAAAAAAUGUG